AUGUACCUUCCUACAGGACACUUCACCGUGUGCACCGCAUAUUCCGUCAGGAGGGAGGAUCAUCUGGUGAACCGCACCAUGCCCCACGUGAACUAUGAUCGAAACAAAGAAGCCCCAUCCCACACACUCCGACGCCACCUCUCUGGCUGCUCCGCCGAUAUUAGAAUUUGGAUGAAACGCCCGGGCUUCGUCCCCGCCCUCGACACCUCCAACUCCUCCCAAAAGUUCAGCAGAGACUACGCCGGCCCUGGCACGGAGCUCGUUUCACCACAAAAUUCUGUCCCUUGCUAA